GCUUUCCAUAACCGGUUUGUGGAGGUGCCCAUUCAGUCGUUUGUUAUGCUUCUUAUUAGACAGAUUCAUAAUUCAUAAAUGCAAAUAAACCAAAAAAAAGACGAUAAAAAUGUGUGUACACACAAGCCUAAAAAAUGAAUUGACCCCAAAUUUGGUUAGUGUGUAGGAGAGAAACUAGAAAGCCAGACUCUUUUUGUCGUCUUCCCCUUUCACUACUAUCUCUUGUCCCAAUGAAAUAAAAGGGACAAAAAAAAAAAACACAAAUCCCUUUCCGUGUCUUAAGCGAACUGUCACAUCCGUACGUGCAUCGUAUAAAGACGAAAAUACCCUCCAACUACACCCAGUCACCCAUCACUCCUCUAAUUACUCUCUUUGGUUUCUUUCUCGGGCAGUGAAAGAAUUGAAGAAAGGAAGGUUUCCUUGAGAAGAUGACCACCUCGUCGUCGUGGGAGAUGCAACUAAUGGAAACGGCUAAAGAGGAGCUGGAGAUUCUUCAGUCUCAAUAUCCAAACCGCUUUGCGUACCUUAAAUCCGAUCUUCAAUCUUUCAUUUCUCACCUCCGUGAAGAUCACGCGCCGCCGCGUCCCUCCUCCUCCUCCUCCUCCUCCUCUGUCGUUCUUACUCAAGAGUCAUCAAAUUGUAAGAAUAAGCAAAAACAUAAGAAGAGAAAAAGCGUCAUGGACAAUUUUGGGGAUCAAGCAUCGUCAUCAACAAUUGGAAAGAUCCACAAGAACAAUAACAAGAUAGGUCAGAGAGUGGUCACCGAGAGAAAAAAUAGAGUUGAAAUGGUUCUUGAGAGGGCUCAACUUUGUCUCCAGAAGAUAAGAGACGUGAAAGCCUCUUUGUGUUAACCUUUUCUCACAACUUUUUUGGUCCAAAUGUAUAAGGGAAGAUAACCGUCCGAGAAAUGUAUUGCAAGUAAUGAUGAAAAGUAAAUGCUUCUCGAAAGGUAUAGACAGUUCAACAUA